AUGUAUGCAAUGCCCGGUAAUAGUGGUGAUCUACAGUGUGAUGAUGGUAAGAAAAGACAUAUACCGCCAUUGUCACUGUUGCUGUCGGGCUACGGGAGCAGUGAAGGCAGGGAACUGGACACAUCGUAUACACCAAAGCAGUGGCUGUGGUUCCUCUAUGUGACAUCAUGGGCUCGACCGUUUUUUACUUAUGCAUCAUCUGGUGGUGCGUCCGAAGCGACGGAGGGCAGCAGUGAUAACAGAAGUGGGAGCGCAUAUUGGGGCAGGUUAUCAUUUGACGAGCUGUUGAAGUUGUCGGGGUCCCCCAUUCCUCCCGCCAUGGUGUCGCUUUGGAUGGGGCUUUGCAUGCCGACAGAUGACGUCGUGCAAGAGCUGCGAAUAAUGACGGAGGGGAAGGCAGAAGGUCGGCAGCGCAUAUAUCCUUUCCUGCCUCGUGUUGCAGAGUCAACAUUUGGUCGUGCUCUGCGAUCGUUGGCCGUGCGACAGCAUAUAUCCUCCUGGAUGCCUUCUCAUGCCGGUGACGUGUGUGCCGCCCUUGACGUUCUGGUGCGAGACACACUUGAAGUUAUUCAGAACUCUGCCGAUGUGCGGAAGACUGCGAGAGUACGGUGUGAGGAAAGAGAUGCGUCAGGGGAGGAAGCACUUGAGGGGGCUUUCCGGAGCAUGCUUUCUGCAUCUACUACCGCACCGAAGGUGGUGGAAGCGACAACUUACCGUCCUCUGUUCGAUGUGAAGGCAUCCAUACCCGAGGGUGGAACUGCGCAAGUCCUUAUCAGGGUGGCUAAUGCUGCACGUUUGUUUGCCGCCCUUUCGGUGGAGGCAUUUGGUCGUGUCAAAUCUGAAUGCGCCGUCCUACUUCUUGCUCAUAUCAAUCAGCGCGAUGCACCAGAGCAUGUGGAUGCCCGUGCGUACGGUGUGGUGACUGGCGUUGUGGAGUAUGCUAUGGCUUAUCGGUAUUGCAGGGAUGAUGGUACGGGACGGUGCCCACUGACGUGCGCUGCUUUGCUGUUGCAUCGUCUCGUUGAGCUGCAGGGAAUUGUGGAAAAGGAUACUGCUGCUGGUGACAGGUGUAUGGGGAUGGCUGUAUCAGCUUCUCGGUUCGCAAACAUGACUGUGGCGUGUAUACAGGAACUGCUCUUCUGUGUGGUGGCAGGUGAUACAGUAAGGUGGCACAGGGAACACCAGCCCGAUGGUGUCUCUGUCUGUCCCACCGCUGCACGUACCUUAACGCUGCAUGAAACAGAUUGUCUACUACAAGUCUUCAUCCCGGCACUGCUCCAGCAGGUGGGGUUUGAGUGGCCCUGGUCAGAGUCACUCCGGCAUGCCAAGAUGCUUGAUCGGGCACGAACGCAACAUAUUGUGAUGGAAGAUGGUGUCAGGUUGGAUAGCCGAUCGGUGUUUGAGGAGCUUUUGGUCUCAGUUGCGCGACGAACGUACGGACUGCGCCUUCGAGCCAUUCUCCCUCAGAGCUUCGACGUCAUUGCGGAAAAUAUUUUUGUUUCGAUCCACGAUGUGCCGAAUGAGGGUAAAAGCAGUGGAGGGAAUCCUGAGAAGGUGGCUGAUAAUUCGUCUUCUCGCUUCGCACUACCUCUGUAUUACCGUACUGCCGGUGAGGUCUUGCUAGAAUAUUUUGAUCGCUGCGGUCCAAGUGGAAUAACAGCGGAGGAAACAGAGCGGGUGUUGAGACGGGCCACCGAUGUGCAGCCUAUGGUUGUGCAAUUGCAGGCACUGGGAGGGGACACAAACGGUGGCAUUACUGAUUGUGUCAGCUACUGUGGUGAGCUUUCUCGCACAGUAUAUUUUUCCGCGCGUGAGAAGGAGCGUUUACUGCAGAGGUACCGCUGUGAAGUGCUGCUGGCCUCCCUCGUGGUGUACACGCAACUGAGAACGGUGAGUGUCGUGCAACAGCUCACGCGGCAACUCGCCCCAUUGUUUGAGCAGCUGCUUCUGCCGCUUGCGCAUGAGCGUACCCUCAGUCGUUGUCCUGUGAUUGCAUCCAGGAAGGGGGACGGGGUUGAUGACAACGGCACACCGUUGGUGGACUUAACACCGGAAUUCAAGAUGCUGGUAGACGAAAUUCAUUAUGAGUUCUACCCUCUGGAAUGGGUACCCGAAGCCGUUGAUGCCCAUAUUCGGCAAGAGUGUGGUGUCCGGGAAAAAGAAGGAGCACCGUACCACGAAGGCGGGAAUGGUCCCCCCUGUUUUGCCCAAUACUCUCUAUUUGCAGCUAUUGCUCAUCAGUUUGGCCUCGUUCUGGAGGGGAACCCGCGUGGAUUCCGUGGUGGCGACGGCAGCAGCAGUGAAGUACGCACGAAGGCAUACCGUUUCUUCACACUGAUGUUGCUCAACAAUCUCGGGGAUGCAGUAUCUUCCUCAUGUGAGUUAGAUGGGGCUGCAGCGCUGGCCGCAACGCGGCGUGUUAAGGAUUGUCAGGACGGUAGCGAAAAUUGUAAACAACGGCAAGCGGCUGUGAGGCAACGCGGCGGCGCAUCGUUUCACAGUGUGGUGAGCGCGUGCGAUGUUGUGGUUACUAUGACACAGUGCUUACUUCCCGCACACUUAUCAUCACACCCACGUAUGGCAACCACUGGUUCUAUGAGCAACGAGUGGAUGCGCCGGGUUGGGGAGUGGACACGAUCGGCGUACUCGAAGUACACCGCGUAUCAGCAGCAGGUGCAUGGUUUGGAUCUUCCUGUGCCGCUCAUCUCUCUCUAUAAUAGUCUCACCUUUGACUCCGUUCCCCUUGCUCGUGAAACCAUCCGCGCCGUACGGAGCCGCCUCCUUGAGAAGAUGAGUGUGGUGACUGCGUCGCCGCCAGGGGAUGUAGAAACUGCGGGUAAACAGCUCCUGGAGCAGCACCUUUCCAGCCUAACCGUAACACUCACAGCUGUUGGGCUUCUGCCGCUCUGUGUGCGUGGGGGAAGCCAUGUACCCUGCGCAACUCAACUAUUGUGGGCAUCCCCAUUUUUCUCCCACGAACUGCUGCACUGCGGUCGAUACGAAGUAAGUGUAUAG